AUGGCUCGGACUACGUCUUCCGCAUACGCUCCCAAGCGGAUCAUCCUCUGCUUCGACGGGACAUGGCAGACGGCCGUGUCCGGGCAGCAGAACUCCCCCUCCAACAUCACGCGCCUGUGCCGGGCCAUCAAGCCCGUCGCCCACAUCGACGGCCAGGACUGGCAGCAGGUGGUCUGGUACGACUCCGGGGUGGGCACCACCUCGCUGGCCGUCAGCAAGAUGCUGGAGGGUGCCGUGGGCGACGGGCUGGACGGCAACAUCGUCGAGGCCUACAACUUCAUCUCGAUGAACUGGAACCGCGGCGACAAGAUCCUGUGCUUUGGCUUCUCGCGCGGCGCGUACACGGCCCGCGCGGUCGCCGGACUCAUCGCCGACGCCGGCAUCUGCGAGCCGCACAAGCUGCACCGCUUCCCGGACCUGUGGAAGCAGUACAAGAACCUGAAGCGGAAGGGGGUCUUCUACAACAGCGACGACUACUUCCAAUUCGUGGACGGGAAGGCCUGCGAGCAGCACCGGAAGCAUCCCGGUACCGCCACCGGGUUGGCAUGGGAGAUGCAUCCUAAUGAGCGCUGGGCGCAGACGGAUUCGCGGGGGGUGGAGGUCGUGGCCGUAUAUGACACCGUCCAGGCGCUGGGGAUCCCUGAGGUGGCGGGGGUCCAGCUGCCUGCGAACCUGAUGUGGUGGAAGGACCCCCCCGGAUGGCACAAUGUGACCCUCUCGCGGCAUAUCAAGCAUGCAUUCCAGGCGCUGGCCCUCGAUGAGUACCGCAAGGCCUUUUACCCCGAGGUCUGGUGCUUACCCUCGGGUUAUCCCGACGCUUCACUCCCGGAAGUCCGAGCGAGACUUGCCAAGGAAGUCGACGAGAAGAAGGCUAUCUUGGACAAGGCCGGAGCUUCCAGAAGAGCCUUGGUCAAGAAGGCGGAGAAGCACGGCCAGCUGUAUCCGACGGACUACGAGACCCUGGAUCAGCUGGCCAAGGAAAUCAACCUAGCCAGCAAAGCAGUCUGGGAAGCCCGACGCGACCUGGUGGUCAGCGACGACAAUCUCAAUCUGGGCACGCCGCAGCUCACGCAGGUGUGGUUCCCCGGCUACCACAUCAACAUCGGCGGCGGCUCGAGCGACACGUUGAUUAAUUUCGGCGACAUGGAGGAGAUGUCGAACAUCGUGUUCGCCUGGAUGCUGGACCAGAUCGCGCCGUUUGUGGGCAUCCGCGAAAAGACCAUCCAGGAUCAUUACACGGACCGGCAGGCGACGAUCGCGACCUUGAAUGCGGCCCUGGAGAAGCAGAAGGAGAUGGCCAAGACCGAGUCCUGGGGGGAGUACCUGGGUCGCGGGGCGAGGUGGCUUGGGUCCGCCGUCAUGCAUCCCCUCACCCCGGCCCCGUGCACCGACACGCGCCACUAUACCUGGGGAUUGGGCAACAUGCCCGACAGCUUCUCCAACAUGUAUAUCCCCAAUGGCAAGAAGCCGCGCGCGCCCAGUGUCAACAUGUACCGCGACGAGAAAAAGAAGACAGGAGUCCUCGGUGCCACCUGCGCCUACAUCCACCCGGUCGUGAACUACCGCGUGCAGCACAAGAAGGACUACUUGCCCAUGGGCCUGACACGGGAGCAGUACAGCCGCCAAUUGGUGGGGGAGAAUUAUUUCUACACCCUCAAUGGAGAGAAGUUGCCCGAGUGGAGUCUGGGAGGAAAGGGUUCCUAUGAAUUGUUGGCCCUCCAGCAGCAUGAGGAAGCAAUCGGGUAUAUGGCCCAGCAGAACCACCCGGGGGCGCAGUUGCUUUGGGCUAAAGUGCAAGCGGAGCGGAAGGCUGAGGCCGAUGAUGCUUAG